CAAGAAUAUGAAUAUAGAUCUCAUUUCGUUCUUUGAGUGGCAAACAAGCAAAACCAAAGUGCAUGCAUCCAACUUCUCCCUGGUUCAACCUCUGAAAAUUUGGGAUUUCAUGUCCAAUGGAUCUAAGAGUUUACAUCCUCAGAGUCAGCAUCAUAGUGCUAGCUUCCACUCUUUUCCCUCUGUGUGAUGCUGCACAUCAUGGAAGAGCUAUAGAGGGUGGUCACAAAUUUUAUAGAAGCUCAACAAUGAAAUCAUGGAGGAAGCUAAAAUCUUUAAGCUUUUUUAACAAGUACACAUCAUUUGGGUACUCAGAUUCUGAUUCAUAUGGCUCUCCUUCUUCUCUACCCCUACCAACUUUCAAUUCACUAGCACCACAACCUACACCAUCAUCUUAUGGUGCCUCUUCUCCAAACAUACCCACAGUUAGCAACCCCUCUCUGCCACCCUAUUCUCUUGUUCCAAGCCCACCACAUAGCCAAAGCCCAACAAAACAAGGCCCAAGCCCACCUAAGAGUGUUCCAAUUCCAAGCCCACCACAGGUGUACCUGCCACCUAUGGUGUACCCACCUCCACCCUCCCCUCCUGGGCCCCAUAAAAAGGGACCACAGAGUGGUGUUUGGUGUGUAGCAAAACCUACAGUUCCUGAUCCAAUAGUCCAGGUGGCCAUGGAUUAUGCUUGUGGGUCUGGUGCAGAUUGCAAAUUAGUUCAGCCCAAUGGGCCAUGCUUUCAGCCCAACACUGUGUUGGCCCAUGCUUCUUAUGCUUUUAAUAGCUAUUUUCAGAACACCAAGAAUGGUGGAGGCACUUGUGAUUUUGGUGGUACUGCAAUGCUCGUCACAGUUGAUCCAAGCAAUGACAAAUGUAAAUUCAUGCUGAAUUAGCUAAUUCUGUCGAACACAAUCGACGUGUGUGUGGUAGAUAUAGAAAUCUUUCUGAAACUUAAUUUUUUUAUGUGUAUGCAUAAUCUCCAUGUUAUGUGUACCCAUAGAAUAGCUUAAGUGGUAGGAGCUGGGGAACAUAUAAGUUGGGUAGGGGCAGGUCCAGUGAUUGAUUCCUGGUAGGUGCAAUUUAUCUUUCCGAUGUAAAAAAAAUAAUCUUCAUGUUAAGAGACAUUAUUGGAGUUAUGAUAGUCGUUAUUUUCCUUUACCUUAGGAUCGGAAUGUUGUAGCGGUUUAGAUAUCUGUAUACUUUUUGUUAUAAGUUCAUUUAUUGUGUCUA